UAAUUGACAAAGAUUUUCGAACAAGGCUGUGUUAUGUGACUCCUUGGGCGAUUUUCCAACAGCCAGCAACGGAAGCGUUGACGAAAAAGCCCGUCUCCUAGAAUCAACAAUAAGGCUUAUGCUAAUGUUGGACUCCUAUUUAAGACUCGCGCAGUCUACCCAGCCUACACUGUGGCAUACGGAUCUCCACAUGUGAAAUAUUUAAGUGGUACCUAACGACAGCUCUCGCAUAACAUCUCCGAUUGACUUUCAGUCUGAGUCAGUGUUACCGGCAUUUCUCCAGGCUCGCUGGCCCAGGUUCCUCAAACCUCCUCAGAAUUACCCAAAGGGGUUCGUGCAACCAAAGCUUCCGGAUAAUUUUGAUGAGUUAGACGAAGAUGACAAGACCAUUACACAGCAAGAGUUCCCUCAAGCAAAGUUGGCAAAAGCAUAUGAAGUGUCAACAUAUCUCAAAAACAGGCCUGCACAUAAUGCCAUGAAUAUGCCGCGUGUUUUCCGAGAACUUUUCAUCCGCUGUGGCGAGGUUUCCGAGGUGGGAAUUCUUCCAUUUCAGGCAUGCCUGAUAGAAAUAUUCCAGAACUGGUCAACCUACGGUUUCACCGAGCGGUGGCCUUUUUCAUUCGCGGAAGAAGAAAUUAACCUGCAUGAACACCGAUUUGCCGAAUAUGAAGCUUGGAAUGACGUUCAACAACUUGCACAGACAUGCCUGGAUACAGAUGCUGAAGGAUGGAUAGACUCUCGGUUGGAUUUCAUGGAAAAGAAAAGACAGAAUAGGAAGCUGCUGUCCAUGUUCAUCGAGCGAAUGGCUGGAGAAAAAUCUCCGGAGGAAGCAAGGAAGAGGUGGCCAUAUCCGGAUGAGUGAGCAUUAACCUUGAUUAGGAUCAUCACACGAUUUGCCGGAGCUCUAGUGGAAACAGGACCGGAGAACGUCUAGGAACCUCGGCCCAGUGGUGCCGUUCGAGUCGGCCCGGUUGAGUAACUGGUGUUAUUCGGUGCUACCCCCCGAUAUCACAUGACCGUCUGGCUAUAAAAAGGAAAUAGAUCAUUUACCAAACUCCCUUUCGUACACACCACGCGCAAAGGAAUUUUU